AUGGAUGAGGAACGAAUUAAGAUUGUGGUCCACCAUAGUGGACAAUUUUUGACUGAUGAUAAUGAUGUCUUUAAAUUUGAUGGAGAGAUAGCAGAAUGGAGUGUUGAUGCAGACUUGUUGAGCUAUUUUGGCAUAGUUGCCUCAGUCAAAGAAUUAGAGGACAAUGAGGGUGAGGAGGAUGGUGGGUCCAGUAAGAGUAAGACAACCUUUCCAACUUUUAGUAUGCCAAGAAGUUUGGAUGGUUAUAAAUGGGAGGUAGGAACCUUUUUCGCUGAGAAAAAUGAAUUCAUGGAUGCUAUUCGAACUUAUGCACUUAGUAAUGGGAGAAACCUGAAAUUUAUAAAGAAUGACAAGAAAAGGAUUUGUGUGAAGUGCUUGGGUGGAAAAGGAAAAUGUAAUUGCUGUAGUAGGGAUUUCAAUGUCAAGUUGAUGACUUCUAAGUGGUUGAGUGAAAGGAUGGAGAAAUCUGUGAAAGAGAACCCAACUAUGAAGGUGAUGGAUAUUAGAGAUAAAAUGACUAGGAAAUGGAAUGUAGGGAUAUCAAGAAAUAUGGCUUUUAAGGCAAGAGCCGUGGCAAAAGAUAAAAUUGAAGGAUCACUCCAUGAACAAUAUAGAAGACUUUAUGAUUAUGGGCAUGAGCUCCUGAAAACAAAUUCAGGUUCAACAGUUCAAAUUAAAGUGGAUAACAUUAAUGGUGAGGUGAUUUUUCAAAGAUUUUAUGCAUGCUUGAAGGCAUGCAAGGAUAGCUUUGCGAGUUGUAGACCUAUUGUUGGCUUGGAUGAAUGUUUUCUGAAAACCAAGUAUGGAGGGGAGUUAUUAACAACAGUUGGAAGAGAUGGAAACGAGCAAAUGCUGCCCAUAGCAUAUGUUGUGGUUGAGGUUGAAAACAAAGAGAGUUGGACUUGGUUCUUGGAGCUGCUAAUUGAGGACCUUGGUGGGAAAGAUGUGUGUGCAAGAAUUACAUUUAUUUCAGACCAACAAAAGGUUUGGAAUAGAUUUCAGAAUGAGUCUUCGUUAGGAAGAUAUUGGUUACCAAGGUGGUCAAGAGAGAAAUUAUUUGAAGUUAUACAUAUUUCAGAAUUUGGCCACCAAUUUGUUGUCAAUGUGGACACCAUGAACUGCACAUGUAGAAAAUGGGCAAUUACUGGCGUUCCUUGUACGCAUGCCAUAACAUCAAUGAAAUUUUUGAACAUUAAUGCAAAAGAUUACAUAAGCCACUGGUUUAGAAAGCCCACUUAUGAAGAGACUUACAACACCAAAAUUUACCCUAUCAAUGGUCAACAUAUCUGGGAGGUUACACCUUAUUCAGAUAUAUUACCACCAAAGAAGAAGACAAUGCCAGGAAGGCCCAAAAAGAAACGAAGAUUGGAGGAGUGGGAGUUGAAGAAGAAUGACAGUGAGUUAAGAAAGGGUGGGCAGAGAAAAAAAUGUGGUAUAUGUAACGAGCUUGGUCACAACAAGAAAGGCUGUCCACAAAGACCUACUGCCCAAUCUGCUUCUGAACAAACACAAGGCACCCAAGGUCCACCAACAGAUGUUCCACUUACCCAAGAAUCCACUGUGAUUGGUACUGAAAGUGGUCCUCCUCAACAACCAGACCCCACUGUGAAUGAUGAAUGA